AUGACCGAGGCUAAAGUUUUGUGGCAGAGACAUUUUCGUUUGCCGUCUGUAAUUGGUGCCCUUGAUUGUACUCAAAUUGAGAUACAAAAGCCUGGGCUGGACGGUGAUGAGUAUAUUUGUAGAAAAGGAUAUCCUAGUAUAAAUGUCCAGGCAACAUGCAAUGCAUUGGAACAGUUUACAAGUAUUAGUGCAGAGUGGCCCGGCAGUGUUCACGACGGCAGAGUAUGGAGGAAUAGUCAUGUCAGAGACAUCGUGUCACAGUAUGAUGGAGCAGUUUGUCUUUUAGGAGAUUCAGGAUACGGUUUAUCGCCAUGGUUGAUUACACCGUUCAAGCCUCCACGAACGCAUCAAGAACGAGAGUUCAAUCUAAUCCAUGCUAGAGAAAGGGUUAUAAUAGAAAGAUGUUUUGGCCAGUUAAAAAGGAGAUUCCCAAUCCUGGGAAACUGUGUUAGAGUUGCAUUAAACAACAUUCCACAAGUGGUAGUCAGUUGCGCUGUGCUACACAACAUUGCCAAGUAUCUAAAGGAUGACUUUGAGUAUGGGGAUCUUGAUAGCGUCCCAAAUGAAGAUGACCAACCUGGGGUGGUUCAUUAUGAAAAUCCCGACACAACAUUAAGAGGCUAA